GAAGUCCAAACUCAUGGUUUUAGCCAUCUAGGCAAAUAGUCGUCUGUUCUCGUAUGCCCGAGUAACGUCCAAAGUUCCAAACCUCCAAAAAUCAACACCGUCAACCCGACGCUUCACAAACUCUCCAAUGGCGUCGCCGGCGAUACCAUUGCAGAGAUCUCCGCUACCCCCAUCAUCCUCUCCGACCUCUUCCUCCUCCCCUCUCCAACGCCUCUCCACCUUCAAAUCCGCCUCCGCCGCCACAACCACCACUACAACCGCCGCUUCCAUAUCGCCUCUCGACUCCUUCGCAUCGCACCCAAUUUUCUCGGCCUUUCUCUCCCCGGACUUCUCCUCCAGCUCCUUCUCCUCUGCCGCGCUCUCCUCCGGCUCUCCGGCCUCCACCGCCGAGAAGCUCCACAACGCCAUCCGCCUCCUCGAGUCUCAGCUCCGCUCUGAAGUCCUCUCCCGCCACGACGAGCUCCUUUCCCAGCUCUCCUCCCUCCAGCACGCCGGUCACGCCCUCGCCACUGUCCGAUCCGCAGUCUCCUCCCUCCAAUCCUCCCUCCGCCGCGUCCGAUCCGAGCUCUCCGAUCCCUUGAAAUCCAUCCAAACGCAGACCGUACAGCUCUCCAACCUCCACCGCACCACGGAGCUCCUCCAGCACUCGAUCCGUGCCCUCCGCCUCUCCAAGAAGCUCCGAGAUCUCAUCUCCUCCUCUGCCAGUGAUCCGCACAAGCUCGACCUCGCCAAGGCCGCGCAGCUGCACUGCGAGAUCUUGACGCUGAACGACGAGUACGAUCUCGGAGGAAUUGACGUCGUCGACGAGGAGCUCGCUUGGGUGAGGGAGACCGGGGACAAGCUGAGGAGCGAGGCGAUGAAGGUGCUGAGUAGAGGAAUGGAGGGUUUGAACCAGGCCGAGGUCGGGACUUGCUUGCGUUUCUACAAUAUGGGAGAAUUGAGAGCGACAGUGGAGCAGAUGAUCGAGAAGUACAAGAGCGUUGGAUUGAAGAGUGUGAGUGCGGCAUUGGAUAUGAAGGCAAUCUCCGCGUCGGCGGGAGGCGGCGGAGGUUUCGGUCCGGGAGGGAUUAGGGGGAGUGGGACGCCGCAGAUUGGAGGCGGAGCUAAGGCGAGGGAGGCGCUAUGGCAACGAAUGGCGGGAUGUAUGGAUAAGUUGCAUUCGGUAUUGGUCGCGGUUUGGCACUUGCAGAGGGUUUUGUCGAAGAAGCGUGAUCCAUUUACUCAUGUGCUGCUUCUUGACGAGGUUAUUCAGGAAGGUGGUGCCAUGUUAACUGAUCGAGUCUGGGAAGCCAUUGUCAAGGCGUUUGCCAACCAAAUGAAGUCUGUUUUCAAUGCUUCAAGCUUUGUCAAAGAGAUUUUUACCAUGGGUUAUCCAAAGCUAUAUACUAUGAUAGAGAAUCUUCUUGAAAGAAUUUCACGAGACACAGAUGUCAAAGGGGUUUUACCAGCUAUUAGAUCAGAGGGGAAAGAUAAAAUGAUUGCAGCUGUUGAAAUAUUCCUGACAGCAUUCUUGGCUCUCUGCUUGGGUCGCCUUUCAGAUCUUGUGAAUUCAAUAUUCCCUGUGUCUAGCCGUGGAAGUGUUCCCUCCAAAGAACAAAUCUCAAGAAUUGUAUCAAGAAUUCAGGACGAGAUUGAAGCUGUGCAGUUGGAUGGACGCUUGACACUUCUGGUCUUGCGUGAAAUUGGCAAGGUUUUGCUUCUUCUCGCUGAACGAGCUGAAUACCAGAUAUCUACUGGUCCCGAAGCGUGCCAAGUUAGUGGUCCUGCAACUCCAGCACAACUCAAGAACUUUGCAUUAUGUCAGCAUUUGCAAGAAAUUCACGCACGCGUAUCAUCUAUGCUUACGGGACUACCUACUAUUGCUGCAGAUGUAUUGUCUCCCUCGUUAGGUGCAAUAUAUGGGGUUGCCUGUGAUUCAGUGACAUCUUUGUUCCAAGCUAUGCUUGACCGCCUUGAGUCUUGCAUCUUGCAAAUUCAUGACCAAAAGUUUGGUACACUUGGCUUGGAUGCUGCAAUGGAUAACAAUGCAUCAUCUUACAUGGACGAGCUGCAGAAAUGUAUUCUUCACUUCCGUAGUGAAUUCCUGUCUAGGUUGUUGCCCUCGACAAAUACUACCAAUACUGGGGCAGAAAACAUUUGCACUAGGCUUGUUAGGAGUAUGGCUUCGAGGGUUCUUAUAUUCUUUAUCAGACAUGCUUCACUUGUUAGACCACUUUCAGAAUCAGGCAAGCUUAGGAUGGCUAGGGAUAUGGCUGAGCUUGAAUUAGCUGUUGGCCAAAGUUUGUUCCCUGUAGAACAACUUGGUGCACCAUACAGAGCCCUUCGUGCAUUUCGGCCUCUCAUCUUCUUGGAAUCAUCUCAACUGGCAGCUUCUCCUCUUCUUCAAGACCUGCCACCAAGUAUCAUACUUCACCAUCUCUACACCCGGGGGCCUGACGAAUUGCAGUCGCCACUUCAGAGGAACAAACUCACACCUCUGCAAUAUUCAUUGUGGUUAGAUUCUCAAGGGGAGGAUCAGAUUUGGAAGGGUAUAAAAGCAACUCUGGAUGAUUAUGCUUCGAGAGGGAGGGCCAGAGGAGACAAGGAGUUUAGUCCUGUGUAUCCUCUUAUGCUUCAGUUGGGAUCAUCCUUGACGGAGAAUACUCCAGCUUCCCAAAAGCAUUGAUGGCUGGUAUAAUGGCACUGUGGAAGUGUGACUCUGCCAAGCCAAUUUCAGGUUUUGCUACUUUGCGGAAGAUUUUUUUGGGUGAGAUAGUAGCAGAUAGUCAUAUAAAAAGGAAAAAAUAAAAAUAAAAAUUGCGCGAGUUCUACCGACAGCUUUGAGGUCCUUGGUUCAUACUAAUAUACAACUUCUUGGUGCGUUUGAACAAAAGUGGUUGGCUGUUAAUAAAGUCUGCCGGUUUACAACCCCUUUUACUGCAUCCUACAAAGAACCUGUUAAUUUUGCGCUUUUGUAUUAUUCAUUAAUUCUUAUUGUCACCACCCUUUUACUUGUAGUAUGUAGAGAUGCUUAAUUUUGAUGUAAAUUACUUACACAUCACUAUCUGUUCUUCCCCUCGAUUUUAAAUGGGAUAUUUACUUUUUUA